AUCAGGGCCAACAACAUUCUCCAUCGAGCCCAAAAAUGACAAAUCUAAUCGGACCAGUGCCUAAGAGAAAGCAGGCCAAGCUCACCCAAUAGCCACCGUAGAAAAGUGGGCAUAAUUCCUUCCCGGGGUAAAGCCGUGCAGUGGUUGUUGUUGAACGAUGAUGGAAGGGAUGGUGGUGAAGCUACCUACUUUUCACUUUGUAAAACCGGCUACUUCUACUUCUCGGCGGGGCUUCCGCCGCAUCUAUGCUUCUCUUUCCGCCGUUAAAGAAAGCUCCGUUUCCCUCGGCCACAUCACCCGACCCGAUUUCCCCAUCCUCCACCAGGAGGUAAAUGGCUCGAAGCUCGUGUACUUGGAUAAUGCGGCGACCUCUCAGAAACCGACUGUGGUGUUGAAAGCCUUGCAGAAGUAUUACGAAGCAUAUAAUUCGAAUGUGCAUCGAGGAAUUCACUACUUGAGUGCGAAGGCGACGGAUGAGUAUGAGUUGGCUCGGAAGAAGGUUGCUGCUUUCAUAAAUGCAUCGGAUUCUAGUGAAAUUGUGUUUACCAGGAAUGCUACUGAAGCUAUAAAUUUAGUAGCUUACGCUUGGGGCCUUUCAAAUUUAAAACCAGGGGAUGAGAUCAUACUCACAAUUGCAGAGCAUCACAGUGCAAUUGUUCCCUGGCAGCUUGUGGCUCAAAAAACUGGUGCUAUUCUCAAAUUUGUGAGUUUAAACGAAGAUGAGGUUCCUGACACGGGAAAGUUUAGGGAAAUACUUUCGAGGAAGACGAAACUUGUGGUUGCUCAUCAUGUAUCUAAUGUGCUUGCUUCCGUUCUUCCUAUUGAAGAUAUUAUCGUUUGGGCUCAUGAAUUUGGGGCAAAGGUGCUCAUAGAUGCUUGUCAGAGUGUUCCCCAUAUGGUGGUUGAUGUCAGAAGCCUCGAUGCUGACUUUCUUGUUGCUUCCUCUCAUAAGAUGUGUGGCCCUACAGGCAUUGGUUUCUUAUUUGGUAAGAGCAGUCUCUUGUCAGCAAUGCCUCCAUUUUUAGGUGGUGGGGAAAUGAUAUCUGAUGUAUUUUUGGAUCACUCUACUUAUGCAGAACCCCCCUCCAGAUUUGAGGCUGGAACACCUGCAAUAGGGGAAGCAAUUGGACUAGGAGCUGCAAUUGACUACUUGUCUGAAAUUGGCAUGCAGAAGAUUCAUGAUUAUGAAAUGGCGCUAUCAGAAUAUUUAUAUGACAAACUCUCUACUGUUCCAAAUAUUCGGAUCUAUGGCCCAAAGCCUUCAAAGAACACUCACCGUGCUGCUCUUUGUUCUUUCAAUGUCGAGAACAUUCACCCUACAGAUAUUGCCACUUUUCUCGACCAACAGCAUGGAGUGGCAAUCAGAUCAGGUCACCACUGCGCUCAACCCCUGCAUCGCUAUCUAGGAGUCAGUGCAAGUGCGCGUGCCAGUCUACACUUCUACAAUACAAAGGAAGAUGUUGAUGAUUUUAUCCAGGCACUCAAUGACACAGUCAGCUUCUUCAAUUCUUUCAAGUAGGCUGUCACCAGUAUCCGUUGUAAGAGGUGUUUUCUUUUUCGCCAUGGCGAUUAUUAUGUAACGAUAUAUGGACACUCUUUAUCACACAAAACCAAAUCCCCAUGAGGUGUAUACUGGAUUGUAUGUAAGCAAAAUUUGUCAAAUACCCAUAUUGCUCUGUUAUACUUUCUUGAUUUAAAUCUUAAUUAACCUUUUUUUGUCCG